GUGGAGGCCCUAAGGGACGGACCAUUAGAAAAGUGAUUGGACGGACCAUUAGAAAAGUGAUUGGACGGACCAUUAGAAAAGUAAUUGGACGGACCAUUAGAAAAGUGGGGAUUUUCUAAGAGGCAAUAUAUUUUUUUUGUACACCUAUAAAAGAAUUUUUUUUUCUCACUUGAUGGCUGGAAAUUUUUUUUUAAACGAAAUUUAUAGGCCUGUCUUCCAAGCUAGGAAUUUUUUUUGCACUAUGCCUGGGAAGAUUUUUUUUCUCCUAAUUUUUUUCUGGGGAUAAUUUUUUUUUUGGCUUUGCCCCACCCCACCCCAUCACUUUUCUAAUGGUCCGUCCCUAACGAACAUUGACAAACCGACUGAAAAUCAACCUUGUACCCAGGGCUUUUGCGCCUGUGGCUCUAAUCGCAGAAGCUCUGGUUACGAGGUUGACUGAAAACAGCUGGAGGUGAAAGUAAAAAAGAUUCGUUUCUUAUAAUAAGAUGCCUUUGUUUAAUUUUAAUAUUUAUGCAGCUGGUUUUUACUUUCCAUGAGAAUGCUUAAAUCAUAACAGUACGACGCAAGCGACAAAUGUUUUCACACAAAGCGAAUUUGUGUUAUCAUGCAGAUUUUUGCAAGCUUCGGGAUUAGAAGUUUUGAAAUAAAUAGAUAGUUUGUUUUCCUUGUAUAUUUAUCUGCACGCAGUCCCCAAAUUCAGGUGAUAUAAUGUUUAUGACAAAAAUAAAACAUAAAUGCUUUGCUCCGUUCCAUAUGAAUCUUGACUAUAGGUGUAGUUGUAUCUUUGUUCGCCGAAUUAAUUUCUGAUAAUUCCAAUAGCUGUUAGUUCCGUAGUGUAUCUAAAUUUUUUUUAGCAUAAACUAACCAAUAUUUUUCAUUUGUUUUCUAGUCUGGCUGUAUGGUUUUGUAUCUGUUCUAAUCAUCAGUUUGCUAUCACUUGCUGGCAUUGCAGUAAUUCCUACCAUGAACGGACGAAUAUACAAAAAGAUAAUCAUUGUUCUAGUUGGUCUCGCUAUUGGUACUCUUACUGGAGAUGCUCUGUUUCAUCUUAUACCACAUGUACGUUUCAUCAUUUAUAUAUAUACCCCCCCAAAAACUGGACAAUGUUUGAUUUCAUGUAACGUAAAAGCUAUAAAAGCUAUCGCGAUGAAAUAAAGAUCAUUGCGUUCAGAAAGGAAUAACUUAGAUAUGUAGCCCUUGAAUUUACAUGCAAUAUUGACUGCGCUAUUGAUGUUUGAACGUUGAACUGCAUACUGUUUUUGAAAAAAUUAGCAUAAAACAACCUUAUAAUUACCGAUUAUACGUAUUAAAUAAUAAAUGUUUUUAUUUUGGUUGUAUCUCGCACAGUAUUGCAUGUAAAUUCAAGUGCUAUAUAUCAAAAUCUAAGUUAGUCCUUUCUGAAUGCAAUCAUCUUUAUUCCAUUGCGAUAGCUUUUAUAGCUUUUAUGUUACAUGAAAUCAAACAGUACCAGUUUUUUGGGGACACCCGGUAUAGUACCAGAAUAAAUUGUGGGAAUCGUAUUAUGGAUUAUAACAAUUUCAACUGUGCAGUUACUCACAGAUUUAUUAAAUAUUGAUUGACCAGCUUUUUUAUUUACAUUCAGUUGACGAACUAUAUCAGUUUGAUAACUCGUGAUGAUCACUUCCUGCAUGAUCAAUCAAAUUACUUAGUUUUUGGCAAGGAUUGACAACGAUCCAUGCAACUGAAAAGUUCUUGGUUGAAAAGUUCUUGGUUCACAUGACAUAUACUUAGUUUUUGGCAAGCAUUCCCAACGUUCCAUGCAACUGAAAAAUUCGUGGAUAUUGUUUUGGAACUUUCUGCAUGUCUGGCACCAUAAACAAACUUGUCAUGUGAUUUGGUUGCUUGUCACAGCAAACCAAGAAAAUGUUUUGUGUUCUCGCGCUUUUAUGCUUUAUGAACAGUACUAAUCAAAUAAUAUACAGUACUUUUAAUUCAAUUGAAAACUGCUUAUUUUAACGGUCAAAAUGUCCGUGCAAAUGAGAUUAAUCGGCUUUUGUUCCGCAAAUAGCUGAUCGUUAUAAUCCACAUUUUAGGAUAGAUUAUGUUGAGGUCAGGCUUGCACUAUACACUCUAAAAACACUCUGGUUAAAUUCAACCAGGAACUGGAUCAAUAAACUACCUAGCACAUUCCUGGUUAAAUUAACUGAUUUCCUGGUUAAAAAUUAUUGAUUCAACAAAAAUCUGGCCAUACUUCUUUGGACUUUUAACCAGGAAAAUGGUUUAAUUUUCUUAACCAGGAUUGUGUAGGUGGAUUUUUAACCCCAUCCUGGUUGAAUUAACCCAAAUUUAACCAGAGUGUUUUUAGAGUGUACAUGUACAUAUAUAGUGCUUUACAUAUUGUCCAGUUUCGUGAGUUAUUAAAUUAGCCAUUUCCCAAUCGAGCAGAGGACUGGGUCUAGUUGAUGUCACUAAUAAAAUUGAAGCCAAGAAUAUUCAGCGGUUACGCCCAUUUGAAUAGAUGGCGACCAUGUUGGUAUUUCCCACUCGCUAAUAAACGCUUAAAAAACAAUAAUUAACUUUCAUCAUUUGAAUAGUUUAAAAAUGUAUUUGGAAUAGGUUUAGCUUAAUAUUUAAGUUCCGUGUUUAAGAAAUAGAAAACAUACCAAUCUUCUCAUUUCGUGGGAAUAUGCAAUCACGAGUCUCAUUUCAUUGCAGACUCUCAUUUCAUGGGAGUCUGCAAUCACGGCUUCAAUUUUUGAAUUGUAGAAUAAUUAGAUGCACUAUCUAGUGUAUAUAAGAUAUCUAUGGGGAAACAAGUUAUAGUGAACGAGCUAAAUAUAUAUUAAAAGAUGCCUUAUUAUAAUUGUUGCGUUUCAGGCUGCACAAAUAACUUUAGAAAUGUAGGAAAACUUUUCCUUGCAAAUGUUCUAAAUCGUCGGUUAUCUACAGCAAACGUUUUGAUGAAAGGGUUGUAUGUGAGCAUAUUGUAGUCCAUACAUUGUAAUAGACAACUUGCAUGUUAGACUAAUUUUUGAUUGGAAAAAAAAGGUAAAUUCCCGUAAAGAACUUAUUAAAAUCAGUAAAAUUGCAAAAUUUGGUUACGAAAUGUUGUAAAAUACAGAAAAUAUAGCCUUGCGAAUUUUUCAGUAUGUUUGUAUUACGUGCGGAAAUUGUUACCAUUUUUGAGCCGAAAGUGGUAACAAUUUCCGCACGUAAUACAAAUAUACUGAAAAUAUGCAAACUUCGCAAGGCUAUAUUUUCUGUAUUUUACAACAUUUCGCAACCAAAUUUGGCAAUUUUACUAAUUUCAUUUAUAAUAUGUUCUUUUUAACUGUUGUGUUUGAUUCCCUUGAGUUAUCUUUACUUAGAUUAAAAUUUAGUCUAACUUGCAAGUUGUCCAUUGCCCAACUGGAUUCUAUUCAGGAAGGUUUAUGUUUGGAACGACCAAAUAGUUACGAAAUUAAUAGACCUUGUAAUGCCUGGUUACACUCGAGGGUGUACGGUACUUACCUAAAGCGUAUAUCGGCUUUUCUUACUUCCAAUACCGUUGUUACUAAAUCUAAGAUCUGUUUUGUAGGCAGCAGGUUUCCACGCUAGUAGUCAUGGCUCCGAAGAUGGACAUUCCGAACAUGGAAACGAGGACGGCAAAGCAUUUUUGUGGAAGUUUCUAGUCGUGGCUUCUGGUAUCUAUGGAUUCUUUUUAUUUGAAACAUUUACUCAUCUUUUCCUGCAAUCAGGUGGUCAUGGUCACUCACACAAUAUCGAGGUUUGUAAUAUUGUAAUAAUUUUUAAAUCGUUGAAGUUUUGGCCUUUGGGGUGAUUUCUAAUGAAAUUGCACGGUGUAAUUGACAUACAAUUAUAUAUAGGUAUACGUAUUAGGUACCGCUACCUCUCACUGCCUUCAGUAUACGCUUCUGUUUGGUUGAUCGGAUAGAUUAAACGCAUUGGUCCUGUGCAAACUCCGGGUUUUUCACCUCCGGCUCUGGAAAAAAAACUCCGGCUCCGGCAGAAAAUUUCCAGCUCCGACAAAUUCGAAAUUUAAUGGAAAUUUCACAUUUCAAAGUGGAAGCACUAUCUUUGUUUUUUAUUUUAAAACUUCGCAUUUAAAACUUCCUACUAUGUUCGUGGCAAGUCUAUACGCAGUAUCAAUGCGAGUAUUUACUUUUUCGUCGAUGUUCGACAGUAGUUUCAGCACAACUAAGUGCUGCUGGAGUUGAACAAACUCCGGCUCCAGCAAAAUAGACCAAAACUCCGGCCCUCCGGCGAACAGCACUAAAAUGCAUCUGAUUGGUUAAUGUUAGCGGUAGUGGAAGUUAAAUCUGAACCUAUGCUGAAAAGAUAUAAUGCAUAGAAAAGAUAUAAUACCUGACUUGUAUAAUGCUUACAAUAGGAUGGACUAUCAAUCUCGAAUACCUGCUGAUAGAGGUACUUAUUUACUGGCUGUAAUUCCGUGCUGGAAAAUAUUUUCUUGAGGUCUGGCGAAGAUGCAGCCCAGGCCGAGUCCUUUCUGGGUACUUCGGUUUACUCCUGUAUAGUAACACUGAGCGAAUGAGCGAUUUCCCCAGCUCGACACAGGAUGCGAUAAUUCAAGAUUUUUGGUCGUACCUGACUGGUACGCCAAUGACUAUUGCCGUGUACUUGCGCUGGUACAAACUCAAUACUCAAUAUAUACCUAGUAUUUAAAAUAAUGUACAGGUUUCUGGAAAGUAUUCAAACUACGAGUUCGAAAAAGGAGCACAAUUGCACAUACAAACUAAGUUACAAACACUACAAUCGACUCCAAAAUUCCUUAGUCGCAUCAGUCCAAUCAUGUUUCAUUCCAAGACAUGUCAGAGAUACAUUUUUACCGACUAAAUUACUUUAUACUAAAUAUUGUGUUGUGAUUCUAAUUCUUCAUCUCUGUUUUAACACAAAUAUAGCAUACUCGCAAGCACAGUCCGUUUGAACGAAAUAAUUCAUGUCGAACAGUGGAACGUCAUGAGAUGCGUCUUACUUCCAGUCCACUCCCUGAGAGGGAUCAUACUCAUGAUACAACACAAGUUAUAUUUAAUCAGGUUAGUACAUGCUUCUAAAUAGAAGGAAUACUGCGCUCAAACGUCCGCGUGGUAUGGUAUGGUAUGGUUUGGUUUGGUUUGGUUUGGUAUGGUAUGGUAUGGUAUGGUAUGGUAUGGUAUGGUAUGGUACGGUACGGUAUGGUAUGGUAUGGUAUGGUAUGGUAUGGUAAAACUUUAUUUAAACACGCUAUAGCCUCGAUCAACAUGAGCUGGUUUUCAUGAGGGGCGUCACAAUAACUAUUUACAAAUUAAAGAGUAUACACAUUAAACUAUAUACAAGUUAAACUAUAUAGAAAAAAACAAGGAAGCAAAGGAUAAUAGAAAAGGAAUUAUAUAAAAACUUAACAAUUGGUGCGAUCCAAAGGAGGUGUUCAUGCCGACGUAUUUUUCUUUUAAAAGAAGAAAGGGUUCCAGAAUUUUUUGAAUCCUCAGAAAGAUGAUUCCAUUGCAUGGCACCACUAUAUCGAAAAAGCUAGCUAUUUAAGCUAGCUGCCUCGUUUAACCUAAUGGUUACUGCUGCUAGCUUGCACCCAAAUCAGGAUCCAAAUAUUUAAUGUAAAUAACUUAAUUGAAAUAAUGGUGCUCAAUAAAAUUGAUUGAUUGAUUGAUUGAAAAGUUUUCUUUAAAAAUUCACUAUUAGGCUUAAGUAAGCAUUAGAUCUGUAUCGGUACUACGCAAAUUAUAAUUAGAUUGAAUUAUGUUUCUUUUGCAGAAACACUCGUUUAGAUUAGGGGCAGUGUGGUUAUUAAAUAUUUUGUACAUCAUUAUUAAUUUAUUUUCUAAACGUUUCACAUCAAGUGUUUGCCAACCGAGAGCAUCCAAAACAUCAGUAGACCUAAUAUCAUAACUGGCUCCAGUAAUCACUCUAGCUGCACGGGAUUGAAAUUUUUGUAGUUUAUCUUGAAGUCUUGAAGUGUAUUGACUGCUUAUAGAUAGAUAGAUAGAUAGAUACAUAGAUAGAUAGAUGGAGACUUUAUUUAAAGAGGGUGACACUUAAUAGUACGAAGUACUAAUGAACUUGUGGCCCUCGUAAAAAUUUACAAAAAAUUAGGGACUAUAUCUAUUGUCUAUUUACAACAUUUAUAUAUAUCUAUGAUUAUAAGUCAAUAUUCAGUCGACUUUCAAGUUUACUUAAUUAAAAAGGUUAUAUUACAUGAGGUAUAUAUGACAGUACAUUUAUUUAAAAGAGAACAUUAGCUACAUAUAUUACAAUUAUUUAUUACUUAAAUUUGAAAUCAGGAAAAGAAGUAAAUUGUUUAAAUUCAAUCUGGUGCGUACGGAAGCAAUUAUAUAAUAAGUAUUUAAAACAGUUAAUGGAGCUAGCUGAACGGAAACUUAAAGGUAAUUUGUUCCAGAGGCCUAUAGCGGUUAUAGAAAAAGUUCUUCCUGCUUCUGUAGCUCUAUUGUAUUUUGGAGUUACAAAACUUAAAUCAGCACUGCGAGUGUUCCUCGUAUGUUGUUGGCUAUUUAAAUGUAAUAGUCUGUUUAAGUACUCCGGAGUAGCAUUAAUAGUACGCUUGUAGAUCAUAAUACAUUUUCUGAUAUCCGACUCUACGUAAAAAGGUAACCAACCAAGAUUAUUAAAUAGAUUAAUCGAGGAAUGACGAGGUUCAGCGUCAAGGAUAAUUCUGGCACAGCGUUUUUGAAGUUUGAAAAUUUUAGUGAUAUUGUUCUUACUACAGUUUGUCCAGGUUAUACUACAAUAGAGAAAUAGAGGUUUGAUCAUAGCAUUGUAGAAAAGAAUACGUUCGUUUCGAGGCAGGUAGGAUUUUAUGGACUUCAAUAUUCCAAUACGUUUCGAUAGUUUCAUUGCCAUUAUAUCAACAUGAGUGUCAAAGUUUAAAUCUUCAUCAAUAUUAAAGCCCAGUAAUUUCACAGUGUGCGCUUGUUCUAAUGAAUCAUCGUUCAAUUUAAUAUUGAGAGUUUGAUUUUCAGGAGUAAGCUUAGCUUUAAGACGUUUACUAGAAAUCAGAAUGGUUUUAGUCUUAGUGGUAUUGAGAGGCAGUUUAUUGGUAAUGGCCCAGUUAUGAACGUUAGAGACUUCCAGAGAUAAUUUCUCGUUAAGUUCAUUAAUAUCAUUAUAAUCAGUGGCAGCGAGUAAGUUAGUGUCAUCAGCGAAUAAAUCUACUUGGGUGUCGAUAUGUAGAGGCAAAUCGUUGAUAAAAACGAGAAACAAUAGAGGCCCAAGGAUAGAACCCCGUGGUACUCCGUCCGUGAUUACUUUCGUUGUAGAAGACUGGCCUUUGAAGUUAACAUAUUGUUUACGGUCUGAUAGAUAGAUAGAUUUAAACCAGUCAAGCGAGCUCUGAUCAAGAUGGUAUGCUUCAAGUUUAUCAAGCAGGAUACAGUGAUCAACCAUAUCAAAGGCUUUCUUAUAGUCGACUAGGACCAUGCCAUUAAUGAGAUUUUUAUCCAGGUUGAGUAAAAGAGAGUCAAUGAUAAAUGCAAUGCUUAUACUCGAAAGACUGGAAAUUGUUUUGUGUAAAGAAAAUUGGGAGAAUGUAAACUCGGUAUACAUGUAACUACUUCUUGUCACAAGAAUGAUGAAAUUCCCUACCUUGUACUUUCAGCCGUUUCCUCAUAGUAAACCCUUUUCAUUCCUAUAUUUACUCCUUUUAUUUUGGCAGACAUUUUCCCCGCCAUUUCUGUAGACUUGCUGUUUGCCCGCCGUGUUGGUUGAAAGAUGUAACGGAACCCCAGACCAGGACUCAUUAAUAUUUUUCGUGCCUUCGAGAAACAUCUUAUUUUAAAUUUUGUGACCUAAGUAGUGUUUAAAAUUCAGAAUUUUAAAACGUGCCUGCAAAAACUCAAAAGUGUAUGCCCCACACUCGCUGUGCAUUGCACAUCUGUAAUACUUCUGUACUUGUAUUUAGGUCAGUGGCAAAACCGAGGAAAAGUCAUGUUCAAAAUCAAAAGUUGAUGAUCACAAGCAUGACGACAAUAUCCCAAAUUUACUAACAGAUUCUUCUCAUGGCUCUGAGAAGAAAAAGAUCAGUUCUGUAGGAUGGAUGAUCAUUAUUGGAGAUACUAUACAUAACAUUACUGAUGGUAUCGCCAUUGGGGCUGCAUUCACCCAAGAUAUUGGUGGUGGACUGAGCACAUCUAUUGCUGUGUUUUGUCAUGAGCUGCCUCAUGAACUAGGUAGGUGUGGAAAUAUUACUAUUCACGAAUUACCCCAUGCAUUUGGUAUGAAUAAACAGCCGUCCUCGUUCGCAUCUAAGGAUGAGCAGGCGCAGAAAAAUAUAAAAACAUUGCUUUAAACUUUAAAACGAGUAUCUGAAGGUUUUCAAUUAGCUCAGCUAACCAGGAGUUACUAUCGCAAGGGGAAGUGCUGCCUAACGGCCAUGUGAAGUUGUCAUCCACGCUGACUGAAACAGAUAACCAACCAAAAUCAAGAUCGUAUGGGGUUGACGUAUUCACGUUGCAAAAGACAGGCUGUAUGUCUCAUUUUUACUGUCAAAAUAUUUUCAAAGCAACAUCUCAUGUGUGACUGUAUACAUUCACUUUAUAUGUGAUGCUUCAAACCAACAUUUUAAACUUUUAUGCUUAUUUCAAAUUUGUUGACAUCUCAAGGUCACAGGGGCUAAUACAAAUGAGCAAUAAAAACAGUGCAAUUAUUCAAGUGUUCCACGUAAUUGGCUGAUAAUAUAACAGGGCUCCCAACUGAAGCUGGCGAUUCUCGCCGUCUAUAGCCCAGACAGUCGCCGGUUAUUUCUCGAAAUUACAAACCAAAAUAUUUCUUCUUUACCUCAAAAAUUUCAAGUGAAAGGUUUCUUGCUUUUCUAACAUAUAUUUUACACAAUAGUUUUUGUUAAAUAUUUGGAUAAAAUACCCAAACCUCGAUAAGAUACCUAACCCUCCAAAAUGGCUGGAAAUGCCAUUUCAGAAGGUUUUGAAAUUUCAGAAUCUUCACACCAAGACGUCCUCGGAUCCCGUCCUCGGAUCCUUGCGAGUGAUACCUUUGGCAACACGUACAGGGCCGCCGAGAGAAUUCGCGGGGCCCGGAGCAAAUCUUCUCUGGGGGCCCCAUGAGUCCAUGACAUCAAUAUUAUUUUUAAGCUAGACCCAACUAGACUUAACUAGAUUGCAUGUGGAGGUACUGUAAGGGGAUUUCAAAAAUACUCUGACCAAUUAAAAGAAGAACUCAAUUUUAGGCUCUCGUUCUCAAGUUGGGGCCCUAUUAAGGUGGGGGCCCGGGAUCAUUUGAUCAUUUUUUUCCUCUCUAACAAAGUAUUGUUCAUUUUCAGGUGAUUUUGCAGUAUUAAUUUCAUCUGGAAUGACGGUUAAACAAGCGAUGUUGGCCAACUUCUUAUCUGCUUGCUCAAGUUUUAUUGGUCUAGUUAUUGGAAUUUUAAUUGGUCAACAGACCGAGGAGGGGAAUCAGUGGGUCUUUGCGGUGAUGGGGGGAAUGUUCUUGUAUAUUGCAUUAGUGGACAUGGUAAGUGUCGGCGUUUGAGUGUUAAGUUAGGAGGUAGUUUGAGCCUUAUCGUGAAUCCAACCAGGGUGUGGCCAAAGAGUCACGAUUAGGGAUGGGGGGAUCACAACAUUCAAAACAAUCAACUUUUCCAAUGAAAAAACAACAAAUUCAUUCAAAUAAAUGAUUGUAAAGAAAGCUUAUCGUGUAUUAUCAAUCGUAUGAAUUUAACACAACUUGAAAAGAUCGAAACAGAAGCUUUGUAUUGAGUAGAGUUCCACAUUAGUACUGAACCAUUUUGCCGAGUAUGCACUUCUUACGUGACUAAAAUGCAAACGUUGUGCAUACAACGUAAAAACUCUGGUUUACCAGUUGUAAACAGACCGAGGACGACGUCUAAAUCUUCCGUGGCAUUUUAAUUAUUUAUUAAUUUUCUUCAAUACUUUAUAUUAAUUUCAUUACUAGCCGUCGUCGUCACGUUGCCGUCGUAGAUCUUAAGAGGCAGUCCGUGUAAAAAUCGACCACUCGAAUUUCUUAAGAUUACAGAUUUCCUUCAAACUUUCUGUGUGGAAGAAGUCAUUCAUAAAAUGAACAAAAAACGUUGACUUGGAAAUUGUAGUCAGUUUUUCGCAAUUAUUUUCGGAUGCGUUCGAAAACAAGUUAAAACGUUAAUUACGCAAGUGAUACUUGAGCUUUUUUAUAUCUCACAGUUCAUCUCGCGCUUUUAUUCUAACUUCGUGAAACUUACAUAUUUUAUUAUUUCCUGCCUAGGCAUAAACCUAAACUAAAAAUUAUCCUGAUCACUUGAAGCAAACAAAAUAUUGUGUAUUUUUAUAAAACGUCUUUCGGACAGCUGAUUAAAUAUUCGUGUUAGUAUGCUGGCGGUAAAUUAUUUUUUCUCAAAAGUGCAACGGUAUCAGGUAUCCAAUCUAUUGCAGCUACUGAGUAUUAUGACACAUCUACUAGAAUAAAUAAUAAAAUCUUUGGGCAGUGUGUUUUUCGCUUGGCAAGCGCGUCAUGAAUAUAGUCAAUUUUCGCUAAUUCGACUAAUUAUAAGCUAUAAUUUGUUAAUGCAUUCACUUAAAUUUUUCGCGUUAAAAACAUACAAAACUGUUUACUGUUUCAAAUAUGGCUCUUUUUUGGAUAGAGAGUAAGUUAUAAGUAUGCCAGCAAUUAUAUAUGCUUGAAAUUUUACGUUUAUCGGUAUCAUUAAAUACUACAUGCAUGGUAUAUAUAAACAAAAAUGUAUAAGAAAAGUGCGGGAAAGGAUAUAUGUGUGCCAAAUUAUACGAAUGCCUUGAAGGAGCACUUUUUCUCAUCAUAGAUAUAGUGCAGAUUUAUUUUGCCACUAUAAUAUGAAACAAAUAUUUUAUACAUGUUUAAUAUUUUCAUGUUUUUUAAGAACUGCAAUUACAUGCUGAUCUCGGUUAAGGUCCUGUCACACUAUUGCGUAUGAGAGAAACGUAUGAGUAGCGUAAACCAUGCAUGUGCAUGCAUAUACGUCCGCAUACUCGAAAAAUUUUUAACCAUCGGCUUACCUUGCAUGCAUGGUCCCCGAUUUUUAAAUAGACACCUUACGAUUUAGGACAGCAACGGCUACAAAUACAAUAAAUAAUUAAAAAGAAUUCAAUAAUUGCAAUAGGCCACUAUUUGCUGUAUAUUAGUUUCUCAUCCCCGCCCGCAUGCUUUUUUAAGAAAAUGGCCUUGUUCGCCAUUAUUAUUGCCAUUUUUGACCAUUAUUAUAAAUUUUGUGAUGUCUUCAAAGUGAAAUUUGAAAGAAAGACAAUUAGAAACGUUCCCAAACCAAAUGUUAUAGUUAACAUACAAAAUGUCAUAACCAAACUGCAAGUUUUUCCCGCAUUACGUACACACUUAUUAAAUAUCCAAACUCAGCUAUAAAACUCAGUUAUGUUACCGGAAGCCAGGGGCAGGGCCGAAAAACGCCAGACGUUCUGGGUACAAAAUUAUGAAAACAUGCUUUCAGUUGCACUUACUGAUUUUGUGCUGUUUUCCAGAAAGUUGCUAUAUAAAUGCUUAAUGCGCACUUUUCUAAAAUAAAUUUUAUGAGGAGGGGAAAUCCAGCAAAUAGUGGCAUAAUGGUAUUGGCCCGCCAGCCCGCAUCCACUUUAGGAGAAGCCCCGGAUGAGAAACUAAUAUACAACAAAUAAUGGGCUUAAUACUACCAUUUAUUUGAGGGAGUUUGUUUUGGCCGUCGUCAUCGCGUUGCCGUCCUAAAAUCGUAAGGUCUCUAAUAACCCCUCCGUGUGAUCGUUAAAUCACUUCAACCUCGUACCCAGGGCUAGUCGCGAAUUGAAGGCGGCGCCUUCAAUUCGCGACUAGCCCUGGGUACGAGGUUGAAAUCACUUGCCGUUAGAUGCCUCUAUAUAUACACCAUUUAGUUACUGCUUCGCCCUUUCAGAGAGAUUACGACAUGCAGUCUUGGUUCAUUUAUUUGUUUGAGAAUAAGUUUCACUUUCACUUAAUAUAUACGCUUACUACAUGUUUCGUCGGUUUUAAUAUAGCCUAAUAGCUCAAAGCAACAAGAAAGAAAUUCUUUUUUACGGCAAAACGUUUUUGUAUACCCAACCAUGCAUGUAUUAAAGUUGAUUGUUUAUAGAUUCUAAUUUCGUACCUUGUCUCUCUAUGCACAUGAGUGCAAUAUAAAUGUAUAGUAGUAUACUCAUAGGCGUACGGGAUUCAUAUAUCUAUUGGAGGAGCUGUGGUCUAUAUUGCCCGAAAAUAUUUGGGCCCUUUCUUGACUUUUCUUUGGGGGAUUUUAACCCCCCCCCCCACCACCACCACCAACUUCAACGACUUAAAAUUGUAAUGAUUUUACGAUAUAAAUAUAUUGUUAAGAAAGCGAAGAAAAACUUGAAAUUACGCGUUGACCGACUUCAAGCGAUGACGGGGAUUACAUAUGAACCGCUUUUCACGCGAAAAACAUUACUCUCUAAUAAAUUGUAUAAUAUACUUUCUUCUAAUACUCUCCUGUGAUAGAUGUGUACAUUCGGAGGAAAUCGGUGCAUAUAGUUUUAGUUACCAAGAUCAGUAUGUUUACAGUUCAUUCAUACAUGCACUGAUAAAUAAUAAAAAGAUAAUACCGGCGGAUAAAAUUAGCAACGCGUGCAUGUCAAUUUCAGUCGGCACAUGCGUCAGGACUUUUGCUUUAUGUUAUAAAGCUAGCAUAAAUGCUGGCAUAUUUAUAACUUAGUCUCUAUCCAAAAAACAGCCAUAUUUGAAAGAUAGUGAACAAUUUUGUAUGUUUUUAACGCGAAAAAUUUAAGUAAAUGCAUUAACAAAUUAUAGCUUAUAAUUAGUCGAAUUAGCGAAAAUUGACUAUAUUCAUGACGCGCUUGUCAAGUGAAAAACACACUGCCCAAAGAUUUUAUUAUUUAUUCUAGUAGAUGUGUCAUAAUACUCAGUAGCUGCAAUAGAUUGGAUACCUGAUACCGUUGCACUUUUGAGAAAAAAUAAUUUACCGCCAGCAUACUAACACGAAUAUUUAAUCCGCUGUCUGAAAAACGUUUUUAAAAAUGCACAAUAUUUUGUUUGUUUCAAGUGAUCAGCAUAGAUUUUAGUUUAGGUUUAUGCCUAGGCAGGAAAUAAUAAAAUAUGUAAGUUUCAAGAAGUUAGAAUAAAAGCGCGAGAUGAACUGUGAGAUAUAAAAAAGCUCAAAUAUCACUUGCGUAAUUAACGUUUUAACUUGUUUUCGAACGCGUCCGAAAAUAAUUGCGAAAAAAUUUUUAAAACUGACUGCAAUUUCCAAGUCAACGUUUUUGGUUCAUUUUAUGAAUGACUUCUUCCACACAGAAAGUUUGAAGGAAAUCUGUAAUCUUAAGAAAUUCGAGUGGUCGGUUUUUACACGGACUGCCUCUUAAGGUCUAUAUUACGUCAUUGCAGAAUACGUUAACUGUACCGUUAGCAACUAGUGCUGUUGACCACUGACCACAAACCUAUUUAAAAUUUCAGACCAACAACAGCGAUCAUUAUUGACCAAUUUUUAAUAUUGAAAAUUAUCGGUGGUUCUUGGCCGCCCUCCCUUAACAGCCUAGACUUGCUCCAAGUCUCUCUUUGUGGAGACCCACUAUAUUGUACGUUACAUGACGUACCGCUGAUGGGGAGAGGAGGAAAGAGAAGAGUUGUAACAUCUGGCAGCAGACAUACUUCCGGCUGGUCAAUUUCGACCAGCCGGAAGUAGAUGGCCGCAUUGACUUAUCAUGUGUUUAGGGGGGGAAGGCGACAUCUGGACUUAUUUGUUUAACAUAAGUAAUUUUGUAUUCACGAGAUUUCUUGUAGAUUUCACAUCACUUUUGACUGCGUGCAUUUGGAAUUUUGGGCAUUAUUUUUGCAAUUUAUUGUAAACAACGAUUAUAAGAAGAACGGAUAAAUUACAAAUCAGCCGCAUAAACCUCGAUGACCACCAGGUUUUUGUGUUUGACAAUUUGUAUUUCAUUAGAUAUUUAUUUGCAAGGUCAGUAUAAACGGGUUAUCAUAUAAAAUGAUCAUUCUAAUGAAUUGAUAAAACGAAUUAUAUCUAAUAUGUACGGCCGCGUUUUUUACACGGCCACUACUGAAGCGUUUAGCUUGAUCGUUGAAUAAAUCGAUGACUUGCUUAGUUGCUUUCUGUUUUGAGCUUAAUCACCGUUUAAGCUAAACGGGCUUGAUACAACUGGCCACAGACUCGGCCCUAGAUAAACAUUUUUGUAUUAUCGAGAUCGAAACUAUAGUAAAUUGGAAACCGUGUCAAUAAUACAAAACGUACAAUGAACUUAUGAACAUGCGGAAAAUUGUCACGCCCAAAAUUUAUACAAAUUUUUAAAAUUUUCCGCAUGUUCAUAAGUUCAUUGUACGUUUUGUAUUAUUGACACGGUUUCCAAUUUACUAUAGUUUCGAUCUCGAUAAUACAAAAAUGUUUAUCUGGGGCCGAGUCUGUGGCCAGUUGUAUCAAGCCCGUUUAGCUUAUAACGGUGGUUAAGUUCAAAACAGAAAGCAACUAAGCAAGUCAUCGAUUUAUUCAACAAUCAAGCUAAACGCUUCAGUAGUGGCCGUGUAAAAAACGCGGCCGUACAUAUUAGAUAUAAUUCGUUUUAUCAAUUCAUUAGAAUGAUCAUUUUAUAUGAUAACCCGUUUAUACUGACCUUGCAUAUAAAUAUCUAAUGAAAUACAAAUUGUCAAACACAAAAACCUGGUGGUCAUCGAGGUUUAUGACGAUUAACGGCUGAUUUGUAAUUUAUCCGUUCUUCUUAUAAUCGUUGUUUACAAUAAAUUGCAAAAAUAAUGCCCAAAAUUCCAAAUGCACGCAGUCAAAAGUGAUGUGAAAUCUACAAGAAAUCUCGUGAAUACAAAAUUAGUUAUGUUAAAUAAAUAAGUCCAGAUGUCGCCUUCCCCCCCCUAAACACAUGAUAAGUCAAUGCGGCCAUCUACUUCCGGCUGGUCGAAAUUGACCAGCCGGAAGUAUUUCUGCUGCCAGAUGUUACAAGUCUCUCUUCUCUUUCCUCCUCUCCCCCUCAGCGGUACGUCAUGUAACGUACAAUAUAGUGGGUCUCCACAAAGAGAGACUUGGAGCAAGUCUAUCCAGUUAUUAGAGUUCACUGGUUUAACCUGGAUAAGCCAACACCGCGGAAAAACGUCUGCGCAUGCACCAAAUUAUGAAAAUAUGGCGGGGAAUUUGAAUAUCAAUUUCUAAAACAAAAACAUGCUUAUUAAUUGGUCAAAAAUUAGUAAAACAAACGAGAAAAUAUAGCAAAUGGGUAGACUAGACAUUAAUUGAAAGCGUCCUGGCAUUUAAAGUAUGGAAUGAAAUAUAAUUCAUGUAAAAAAUUGUUGAUUUUAACGGACACGACUUCGAAAAUUUUUGCAAAAUUAUUCAAAACAAAAAUUCAAACUAAAAAGUUAAGAAAACGUUCGAAAAGUUAAGCUUCUUAACCCACUCAAAUUGUAGAAUAAAUCCUAAAAUUUAAUUAUUGUGAACACGAAAAUUUUUUAUAUUUGGCGACACAGUUUUUUUUAAAGAAAUGUAUCUCAAACGAAAAUUCGGAAAUUGUCGUUGCUUAGUUGAUAAACAAAAUGUUUCAGACGAUAAAUUUGUCAACAAUCACCUUUAGUUCAUGUUCUUCUACAAUAAAAUUUCUUGAACCUUCUGGCUAUAUUUAUUCCUAGUUUUUAGAAUGACAUGUUUAUUUUUGCGCUCGAAAUCUGGCUGUAAAGACGCACAAUGAAGUCACUCCUUUUUACCGCCAUUUUGAGCCUUCGGAAACGUUCGGAACAGCUUCUCAUCAAGUUCGCAAUAUUAUUACAGGUAAGGUUGACGCAUGCGCAGACGUUUUUCCGCGGUGUUGGAUAAGCCUGGCCCAGGUUUUAUCGCUCUCUUGGAAUAACAUAGGCAGUACAGCAGUAUCUGGACCCAAGAAUACAAACCAAGCGAUAAAGGUCUGGACAAAAACCAUGAAAGUGUCCCAAACGAGACUACCUUCACUCUAUAGAGCCUCGUUUUCGUGUAUGCAACAUUAGCUAAAGCCAAGCGUCGCAAUCACGAGAACGAGACUCUAUUGCGGCAAAUAGAGAUUGCCAAGGUGCCGUACUUUCCGAAAGCGUGUAUUAUGCAUGCAUAUAUACCGCAUCGUUGAACACGUGACACGGGGCAUUAUACGGGGGAAACGUAUUUCGGAGUACGAGAAUCCAAAUGAAUGACCCAGGAGUAGGAAACUUCCAGCUACAAUCAUGGAAAUAAUAUACGUAGACUUCUUAUAAAAAGCAUACAUAUAGUUAGCAUUGUUGGAUGCCAGUUGUUAAAGAUGUUAAUAUCCACUUCCAAAAUAGUCCCCCCCUUGGCCUCCUCCCUCCCCCCUCCCCCCAACACAUUCUUGAUCAUGACAUAAACCUUUGGCAGUGAACUCAUGCACACAUGAACAUUGUAUAGGGGGGAACAUUUGGGAAAUUAUUGGUUUGUCUACGAAUUAAUUUCCAUGAUUGUAUGUUCAAGUAUAUAAAACGAAUUUCAAUACAAUCAUUACUCAUUAGCGGAUAAUAUCUCAA